GAUGUCUUUCACCUUCAUCUUCAUGGUCAUCUUUUGCCUGGAGUCACUGGCUUCAAUGUUGCAGAAUGGCUUCAUAGUCACCACGCUGGGCAGGGAGUGGGUGAGGUGCCGGGCACUGCCCACAGGCGAAAUGAUCAUGGCCUGCCUGGCUGCGUCCCGAUUCUGCAUACAUAUGACAGCCACUCUGAACAACUUUCUGAGUUCCUUCAAUUUUUCUCAUGUGUUUAUACUUUUAAACACUUUCUGGAAUUUCUUCAACAGUCUUACUUUCUGGCUCACUGCCUGCCUUGCCCUCCUCUACUGCGUGAAGAUCUCAUCCUUCUCCCACCCCAUUUUCUUCUGGCUCAAGUGGAGGAUCUCUCGAUCAGGGUCCAGGAUGCUGCUGGGUUCUCUGAUCAUAUGUGUGCUGUCAUCCAUUUCAUCACUUUUUGGGAGUGUGAUUACUGUUCAGCUGACGGUCUCUCAGAGUUCCUAUGGAAACAACACCCUGGAUUAUGGGUCGCAUACCUUCUUUUUCAAGUAUUUUAUUUUCCACGAAGCCUUUUUCUUGUCGAUUCCAUUCCUGUUGUUCCUGUUGUCCACCAUCUCUCUCAUGUACUCACUGUGCCGGCAUUUGAGACAGAUGAAGGGCCACAGGCCUGGCCCUCAGGAUCCCAGCACCCAGGUUCACAUCAUGGCUCUGAAAUCGCUUGCCUGCUUCCUCAUCUUCCACAUGUUAUAUUACUUUUUACUGAUCAUCAACUCUGUAAAAACCACAAGAUUCUACAUUCAUUGGCCUUGGGCCUGGGAAGUGAUUGUUUAUGCCGGCCUGUUUCUGCAUUCCACCAUCCUGAUGCUGAACAGCCCCAAGCUGAGAAAGGCGCUGAAGAAAAAGAUUCAGGACAUAGGCCACCGCCAGGUCAUAAGGCUUUGA